UCCUUCUCACAUCAAUCCUUUCUCUCUCUCUCUCUCUUUCUCUAUUUAUUUUUAUUUUCAAUUACGUAUAAAUAUUGGUUAUGAGCUCCUAUCAGAUACAUGAAUAAUUAUACUACAACAUCGGCAAUAUUCGGACCCUCUAUUACUGCUAAUGCUUAUACAGACACACUAACAACCUCAGAGCAAGUUCCUUCUUCAACUCUCUUACAUCAUUUACAUAUAAAUGAGAGACAAUUACGGACUUUAGCCGUUGUCUUGAGUUUAACAGGUGGGUUAGCGAUUUCAUUCGCAUUAGGCGUGGGUAUUAUGAUAUAUUGGUAUUUUCGAAAAUGUAAACAAAGAAGACAUUUUCACGAUAGCGUAGACCAAGGGCCUUGUACUUUAUCAACUUGCCAAGCUGAAGAAGAAACAGAGGUAGUGAAUUCAGAAUUAAGGGAAAUCACAAAUACCUCAAAUAAACUUCUUCUUAAAAGCUCCUCCACUGCAAUCAUGUCGUCUGUUGUGAUAGACCAGGGCAUGAAUUCAUCAUCUAUCAUGACUGACUUAUCCCUUGUUUCUCCUUUAUUGUUAUCCCCACCUGUAUCUAAUUCAUUUUCUAUGUUUGUACCGGAGCCCUCUGCACCAUCUGCAAAAGAAUUAUUAUUAUUACAUCAAUCCUCUUCGUCUACAAAUACACCUAAUCACUUUCCUCAGCAACAGAGUUGUAUUACUACCACUACUGCUACCAAUACUGCUAUCACUACUACUACCACUACUACUACUACUACUAAUGACAAUGAUAGUAAUGAUAUAGAAUCAUUAUGUCAUGAUUGUUCAAUACCACCACCUGCUUAUACGAAGGAUUAAUAAUAAAUACUGUUUAUUAACUAAUAUUUAAAAGUAAGAAAAAGCUAGUUAAUUGUGUUUUUUUUUAAUAUAGAGCAAUUUCAGAUAUAAAUAUCAUCUG